CUUCUUGUUGUGGGUGUGUGGUAGUGCACCCAAGUAACCUUCGGCAAAGUUUGGUUCUGAAUGUAAUCGUUAGCCUAUAUUACAUUCGAUUUAAUGGUUACCGGAUGGUUUCCUUUAAACCACUAUUCAAAACACCGCGAGGGAGAGCUUCCCGUUUGUUUCGGGGAGGCUAUUCUAGUUCAGCAGUGGGGUAUCUACUCAACUCGAACUACUUCCCAUCACCAACAUCUUGAACUGUACAGGAACCCCAUCCAUGGGCAGGUUGCUGAUAGUCGAAGGCAGGAGGCUGGCACACUGAAUCCAGCUGCUCAGAAUCCACUUGGCUACUAGGGCAGGGGCACCGCAUGGCUUAUCAUUCAUAUCAAAGGUCCAUUGGCCGAAGUUGAAACGGGGUGAACAGUGAGUGUGGCGCAAUGUGUAUGGUUCCGUAAAACUUCACCCAGCUAUCGGAUUUGGUGGGCAGAUGUUUAGAUAGUUUUGAAUUAGUAGCAAUGGGGAGUGCGCACAGGAAUGGAUACAGAAAGGAAACUUUUGUUUUGUCCGUGGACGUUGGGACAACUUCAAUCAGGUGUCAUGUCUAUGACAAAGAAGCGAAAAUUAGGGGGACAUGUACCACGAAGGUCUCGUUAUUGUAUCCAGAACCAGGACGCGUGGAAAUGGACCCAGAAGAACUUUGGCAAAGUUUUGUCACAGUUGUGAAAGGCGCAGUAUUGGAUUCAGGCUGUCAGAUCUGGCAAAUGGAGGCCAUAGGCAUCUCAACACAGAGGGCUACCUUUACCACCUGGGAACGGAAGACUGGGCGCCCAUUUCACAACUUCAUCAGUUGGCAAGACUUGAGAGCAGCUGAGCUGGUCAAAUCAUGGAACCAGUCUUGUACAAUGAAGUCCAUCCAAGGGGUGAUGAAAGUGCUGCAUUUCCUUACCAGACAGAAGAGGUUCCUAGCAGCCAGCCUUGUAGUGUUCUCUACCCAGCACGUCUCUCUGCGGCUGGCUUGGAUGUUGCGCAACUGCUCAGAGCUGCGGAAAGCUGUAGAUGAGAAUAAUUGCUGCUUUGGAACCAUCGACACCUGGUUGCUCUACAAACUCACAAAAGGCUCAGUUCAUGCAACUGAUUACUCAAAUGCAAGCACAACUGGAAUUUUUGAUUCAUAUCAGAUGUGUUGGAGUGGUUUUCUGUGCUCACUCCUAUCUCUACCGCUUUCUAUCCUCCCCAAAGUGCAGAAUACUAGUUACAACUUUGGUUCAUCUGACCCUUCCAUCUUUGGGGUUGCCAUACCAAUCAUGUCAGUUGUGGCGGAUCAGCAGGCAGCCAUGUUCGGCGAGUGCUGCUUUGACAUAGGUGAUGUGAAGAUCACCAUGGGAACGGGGACUUUCAUGGACAUCAACACAGGCUCCAAACCGCACACAUCAGUGGCUGGCCUGUAUCCACUCGUGGGCUGGAAGAUUGGACACAAUGUGGUAUAUCUUGCAGAGGGCAAUGCUGCAGACACAGGCACAGCCAUCAGAUGGGCACAAGAGCUGGAGUUGUUCACUGAUGUGUGUGAAACUGAGGCAAUGGCCACUAGUGUAAAGGACUCCGAUGGGGUGUGUUUUGUCCCCUCUUUCAGUGGUCUACAGGCUCCUCUGAAUGACCCAAGAGCUUGUGCAUCCUUCAUGGGUCUCAAGCCGUCUACAACUAAGAAUCACUUGGUGAGAGCCAUUCUAGAAUCAGUGGCAUUCAGGAAUAAGCAGCUUUAUGACAUCAUGCGCAGAGAAACAUGCAUUCCUAUCUCAAAAAUAAGGGCUGAUGGUGGCGUCUGUACUAAUGACUUUGUCAUGCAACUGACUGCAAACCUGUUUGGUCGGAAGAUUGCCAGACCCAGUCACUUUGACAUGUCUGCCUUGGGUGCUGCUUUCAUGGCAGGAUUGGGAAUAGGGUUCUGGAACAGCCAGGAGGAGCUGAAGACGCUGCACUCCACUGACCACGUAUUCCUGCCUCAGAACGGACCACAGGGUGAUGCCAAACACUACCAGCACGUCCUCCACAGCUGGGAGAGGGCACUGCAGCGCUCUAUGAACUGGUAUGGCAAAUGUGAAUGAUGCCACGGCAAAUAAACCAAGUUACGAAUAAGCCUGUGCUCUUCUAUUGAACACCAAACAAUGAACACCAUCUAGGUUCAGAUCUCAGGUAGUGAGCCUAGCUUUUGAAUACUUGAUUUACCCUAAAAUCCUUGUUUGACCAGUUCUGUCGUUCAAAAUCGGCCACACCCUUUUUCUCUCUUUACAAUUGUCAUGCCACUAACUUGGUAAGAGUCACCUGGCCAACAGCCACUAAUUAUGGCCAAUCGUGAUGGUUUCCCCAUCUGCACCUUCAACUUCAACUUUCAACUUUUCAACUUUAUUGUCCCCAAAAGGGGCGAUUAGGUGUGCCGCAAGACUUAAGCACAUAUAGACAGCAACAACAUAUACCACAGGACAGACAUAAAGUGCUGUGGUCAAUAAAAGGUUAAAAUCACCAUAAAUAUGGUUAUAAAACAAGAUAAAAACACAUGAAUAAAUAAAAUAAGAACAUCAUCAUACAAUAAUAUACCAUAAACAACGCACCUAACACCAGGAAUGAGUAUGUGCUCCUGGCUUGUUGAAUACAUUUGUUCUUGCUGCUCUUUUUCAACUGUGAAUAAGUUGUUGUGCUAUUGAGUUUGUACAUGUUUUUUGUUGCUUACUUUUAUGAUUUAAAAUGUUUUUUUUUUUACUUGUUUGGACUCACCACCAUGUGUGCAAUUACUGUGCAUUGUUUGAUCCCUACUUGAUUUCCUUCAUCAUGCCAAGUGGAUGCCAUUUGUGCAUGUUCCAAUUGUUUGGCAUUGCUGAUCAGUAAAUCUCAUAUAUUGGUGUGUGGUUUCUGACACCAAUUUCAACAUGGAACUAAAAAAAAAGUCAAAACCAACACAAUAUUUUAAAUGUGUAAUAAUGAUGGUUUGGUGACUGUUUUCCCAACAAGCAUUUCAAUACUGUAUUAGUCUGUAUAUUAACCAAUAGUGCCUAAACAUGUGUCAGCUGUUUAAUAGUAUUCUUCUAGUCGCCACUGUCACUGAUCUACUGUACCACCAGUCAUUUUUUCUGUUGUAUUGGAGAUCAAAAGCCAUACAAGUGUCUUGAUUUCGAGACAGGCGAUGGCAUCUUUGCUUACUUAGGCACAUUUUGUUUUAGUCGUGGCAUGUAAUGUUUGCCCUUUGCGAUCAAUGUCUGUGAUCAGUGUUGUUUACUUGAGCGCAUGUUCUUGAAAGUAAAUGCAAUUUCAUGUUUUGAAAGUAAAUGCAAUUUCAUUCCUCAAUUCCUCAAUGAACCCAUGCACUGACUGUAGACUUUGUGAUGAAAGACUACAAAACUAGCCUGCCACUGGCCACUGCCAUCUCGAAUGGAAGCCCCCAAAAGGCUAUGGGAAAGUAUGAGCUUAACUACUUAAUUAACAAUUACAGGAUUUACAGAAAAAAAAGCGAGUGGAAUGUAUUCAACCACACAUUUUGCUCAAUGUUUUUUUUUAUUAUUAAUUUUAAAAGAGAAAUGUUAACAGUAUAAAUACAAGUGAUUACCCUCCCACCCUCCCAAAACACCCGUCAAUGCCCACCCACCCCUUACAUGCUAUCAGUACAGAAUAUUGUGCGUAAAGACAUGCAAUCAACCACACAUUUUAAAACAUAACCAGUUGUUUUAUCAUGUGUCCCAGUCAUUUGUUUUAAACCACACUGAAAUGAGACCUAUUUGUCAUGCACCGUUAUGAUAUGAACAACACAGACUGACAUGAGACAGGCCAAAUAGGUGGGUCAAUAGGUGGGAGUUUGUCUUACCAUGAAGUAUUCUGUGAAGAUUUUGGAUGUGGUGCAUGGCAUGUACUCAUCUUGGCAGUUUAACUUAACUUGAUUUUAAUAUUUGAAGUUUAUGCAAGCAGCUGCUCUUUGAGCUCAUCAAUGAAACAGGAAAUGUCUACCAAUUCAUUUAUCGGUACUGUUUUUUUGUUGUUGUUGAUCUUUUUUGUGACACUAGUGCUAAAUUGUGCUUACCGUCCACUGGUUGUAUUGUAAAUGUUGUCCUGUAAUACCAAGUCAGUAGUUGAGGCAAUAGAAAACAUUUGUAUAGCAACAUGACUGUAAACCAAAUGUUUAUGCCUCAUGUGUCUUACUAUGCUUAGAUGUUGAAAACACAACAAAAUAAUGACAGAGGGGUUUUAUUGAAGUAUUGUGAGAGAAAUACUGAGCAUGCAGCUGUAAUUUGUAUACAUAUUGAGCAUAAAUGUGAUUAACUGAUUACCCUGAAUUGUGGGUUUUUUUUGUUUCACACAUUCUAUUUCAUACAGGGUGUUUACAAAGCAUUCCACCAAUAUCCUUGACAAUUGAUGAUAUAAGAUAUUAUCCCAUAAAUGCAAUCAGUGCGUCUCCUCCAUCAGUAACAGUAAUAAGAAGAGGAAUACAUCUUAGUUAUUAUUACACAGAGUGUCUCAGAAGUGGAAGCUUCUAUCUAAAGUGGCUGACAGUCAUUUAGUGCAGGAUAUUGGUUAUAGGCUCUGGAGAAAUGUGGUCUUACAUGCCUUGUUCAAAUAGCCUGCACUUAGAUGAGGGCGUGGGAGGCCGCCCUUCACAUAUUCCUCAACUGUGAUGUUUGUGAUGUUUUCCAUUUGCCCCCUGACUCAUUUAUUUUACUUAGCCAAUCUGAUAUAUUCAUUGCAGUAUGAAUCGCAAUAUAAUUUUUCUAUGAUUAGAAAUCAGACUGAAUGUUCAAAAUAACUGUAUAAUCAGUCUAUUUAACAUCUCCUGUUUUUUUAAUUCACACAGUCACCAUUUUAUCAUCAUAUCACCAUUUUAAAAAAUCCCAUAUCAAUUUGUCAACUACAAUGUCUUGAGGUAAUGUACGCCCAAAAAGAGGAACAUCUGGUGUGCUGUCUAGGACAAAUGUUAUAAAUUUUACAUUUCAAGCCGUUUAUUCAUCUACCACUGGGGGUGCUAUACAGGUUAUCAGGUUGUCAUUUCAGUUAUAUACGGUAGAAAUGCCUGUAUUCAUUAUAUACAUGUAUGCAUAUGUUUGUGAUGUUUUCCUAUUUGGUAAACAAAGCAAAAUAAAUUGGCUGCACAUCU